AUGGAUCGUAACAGCGCCCAUAAUGUCCAACAAGAUAUGUGGACUACAUAUGAAAAUCCGUAUAACUACGGAUACUAUCCAGACCUCAACGAUGAUAAUUUUUUCGAUUCAUUUACUGAACUAGGAACACCAAAACCAAUGGAUAUUACCGACAAAACUGUAUACAAAUGUCCACCGAAACCCAAUAUAAAAGCUAAUCGAGUUCUGACUAAAACUUACUAUAACCAUGAAUUCGACAUCGCCAAUUGUCUUCAACCGUAUCAAGUACACACAUUCUACCUGGAUGGUGUUGACUAUUUUUUUGCCAGUCCUUAUAAAGGUUUGCCAACGAAAAUAAUUGAUCUGGCAUUUCACCCUUUGGUUCAUACUUUUUCUGAUCGCAUUAAAGAAGAUGGAUUAUCUCGGUAUCGAGAUUCCUGUUCCAUCCAAGAAAUAUUAUGCGUCCGCGUCAAUAAACAGCGCUCACGUAUCCAAAAACGGCGUCAACAAUCCAUAUAUCUGUUAACUCAAACUCAAUCGAAUCGAUACAAAAUACUAUUUUCAAAAACGACCGAAGGAGCUGCAUUGCGUUCGACAAUACGCGCGGUCCAUCGUAACUUAUACUGGUCGGGAUUGGGUGGUUUAAAGCGUAAAACGUGCUAUAUAACAACGGGAGAGGAAUUCAUCCAGCUGAUGAAAAAGGAUGGUGGAGCAAUUUCAAGUGACGACCAUUGUAGAUGGAAACAGAACCAUCGAAGAACAGAAGACAAAUGGAAAGAAAUAGCGUUUCAUUCCAGUGGCGAAUUUACGUAUACACUUCUGGCAGAUGGUGUGUUUCACAUAUCUCGAGCGGAUACAACUCUACGUGAUGUAGCAUCGAAGCAUCUUCUUCAUGCCGAAUGUGAGCCGGUAGUGGUGUAUGCCGGAAUGUGCAGGUUUGAAAUGCGUGAUGGUGAAAAUCACAUCACGUUCGUGGUAGACAAUGACUCCGGCACAUAUGCACCGACAGACGAAAGAAAUGAACUGGCUCGAUUGAAAAGUUUGUUGGAAUGGAAUUUUGAAGGAUUACAUGUGGAUACCAAAAAAUUUGUGCCACCUGCUAAAGAGACUGCAAGGAACGCAUUAGAAGAAAUGUACGCUUUGGCGUUCAGAUAUCCAAUCACGGCACACGAAAAUAAGUUAGAUUAUUAG